GUGUGCAGGGCAGGGAGAAAAGAAUACUUGCUUUAAACUUACAUUCGUACUUGCAUAAUUUAGCCCUUCUCUUCUCUUUUUUGUUUCUUUUCGUAAACUUGCUUGUCCUUGUUAGCUAAUCCACCAGAACUUUGAACUUUUCGGCUACGUGUUUGAGCAACACAGGCCUAUCAAACGAUAAAAGAUGAUUGACACAGUGUCUGGAUCAGAAACUUUGCCUUUUGCUGUCCAGCUAAAGGCAUUACUGGAUCAGGAGGCGCGUUACCAGCCCAAACUCUGUGGACUGCGGAUAAUUGAAACCGCUCAUGACAACGGCCUGCGGAUGACCGUAAAACUGAGGGAAUUUGAGGUUAAAGACCUCCUCUCCCUGACCCGUUUUUUUGGGUUCAGUGCGGAGACCUUCUCCCUUGCUGUGAGCCUCCUGGAUCGUUUCCUCUCUGUAAUGAAGAUUCAGCCUAAACACUUGUCCUGUGUUGGCCUCUGCUGCUUCUACAUCGCUGUGAAGUCCUCAGAGGAGGAAAAGAAUGUUCCUCUAGCCAAUGACCUGAUCAGAAUCAGCCAGAACCGCUUCACAGUGUCCGACAUGAUAAGGAUGGAGAAGAUCAUUCUGGAAAAGCUGCACUGGAAAGUCAAAGCUCCUACUGCUCUUCACUUUCUCAGACUCUUUCACUCUUACAUUCAGGACCAGGUGCCUGGUAACAGCAAGAUGAUACUGAACCUUGAGAGGCUUGAAGCACAACUGAAGGCUUGCCACUGCUCUUUUGUCUUCACUAAAGUCAAGCCCUCCCUUGUUGCCCUGGCCCUUGUUGCCCUUGAGAUCCAGGAACAACAUGGCUAUGAGCAUUUUCCAGCUUUGACAGAGGCAGUUCUGGGUCUCCAGCAGCGUCUGAGUAUUAAGGAUGGGGACUUGGUGUGCGUGAGGGAGCUGGUUGCAAAGUGCCUGAUUGAGUACGCAUCUACGAAGUGCACAAAACCCAACGGCCAGAGGCUUCGUUGGAUCAUCUCUGGAAGAACGGCCCGGCAGCUGAAACACAGCUACUACAAGAUCGCUCAUCUACCAACAAUUCCUGAAUCUUCCGCUUAAAAGUGUCUCGUGUCGUGUCGGGUAGUCGUUAAGGUCUUUAUUUAAAGUUAUUAAAAAUCCUUUUAAUCAGUCACUAAAAAAAAAUGAAGAUGUUAUUUUGGCCUAAUUUUUAUUUUGCCUUAUGACUACCCAACACUGUUCUCCUUUUAAGGGCCCCCAUUCGUGAUGAGGCUCUUAAAAGGAAUCGUGAGAGAUGGAUGGAAACUGCAUCUUGAUAUUUUGUUUUUACUGCUCCAUUCUUUUGUAACUUGUCCAGUGUGAAAAGCUUCCUAUUUAUUUUGCAUCUACAUUGACUGACUGUGGACAACUGUAGUCAAGGGUAGGUUUGAAAGCACUCAGUCAGAGAGGGCUCUUCCUCCCUGGCUUGAGUUUGCUUGCACAUGUACAGUAUGUUCUCCUGCGAAUCAGUGCCACAGGCACGGGUUGUUUAAAGCAAUAAAGUAUAGAACCACCUAGGUCCUCAGUCCACUAUGUGGAAGAGGAGGAAGAAGGGUUUUGUGAUUUGAGAUCUAAAAAAAGGAACCAAGUAAUCGGGCCCAAAACCCUUAACUUCCACCCUAGGUUGCUGAACUGUCUUAAUGCACACUCCUACCCAAGGUGAUAUAGAAGUUUCUUUACUUUUUUUUUUUUUUUCGGUUAAUGGUUCAUUUGAGUUAGGAUGGGAUUUUGGCAACCAGUGAAUCUGAAAGAAUUUGAGCACUUCUUAAAUUUGCCAAGUAACCUGCCCUAAACUGAACAGUUCUAAUUACCAGUUUGACAAAUUCAUAUUUGACAGAGCUUUGUUGCUGAAAUUAAUUCAGAAUGUACAUCUAUAAACAAUGUGGGCUAGCACGUAUGCCUGUUUAUGCCAUGCUAUAGAGCUAUGGUUAGUGAUUUGACUUUCCUUAAUCUUCUGGUACACAAAUAAAAAUCUUUAGGUGCACUGAAGUACUGGUGAAGUGAAUUGUGAAUUGGCUUUUUAGUCAAGUACAUACAUAUUUGCAAUUGGCUCUGAACUGAUGUAUCUGGACCUUUCAAUAAAAAUGUUAUUGAAAUGCC